AUGGCGGGCAUGCCCGUGCUGGGUAACAGCGUGGGCGCCGGCGAGCUGCGAGACAACAGCCGCGAGGCCAGCAACAGGUCAUCGAGUAGCGGGUCUCGUCGCGGCUCCUCCCCACGCCAGGCACAGGAGCAUGAAACGUGUGACGCGACUGUGCACAAGUCGGACCUGACGCGCACGCGCCCCAACAGCUAUGAACGAGAGUAUCAUGACAAGGUUCCAACCAUGGCCACGCUCAGCGGCACCGGCGUAGUUACACACACAGCUCCAUCGUACGAGGAACAGCGCGCUAACCCGGCGCUGCUGAGUCGAGGCGCGAGUGGCACGCCAGGGGGCAGGAGUGUGCGGGAUGAUGGAUACUGCUCAGCAAGCAGCACGCCUAGAGCAUUCGACAAUAAAUCAACGAAAGGCUCAGUUGUCACUUUAUCGUGUUACAAGAAGGAGCCUAAGAUACAAAUAGAAGAAGAAUGUUUUUAUAGUGAGCCGUCGAAAAAACUCAGAACGAAUAGUAUUAAACCGGAGGAGGGCGACGGCCGCGAGACGUGGGGUACGGGCGCAGACUUCUUGCUCUCCAUCAUCGGCUUUGCGGUAGACCUCGCUAACGUGUGGCGCUUCCCUUAUCUAUGCUACAGGAAUGGCGGCGGAGCGUUCUUGAUUCCUUACACCCUGAUGCUGGUGUUUGGAGCCGUGCCCCUGUUCUACAUGGAGCUGAUCCUCGGCCAGUACAAUCGACAAGGACCUAUUACUCUGUGGAAAAUAUGCCCAUUGUUCAAAGGCGUGGGAUUCUGUGCGGUCAUGGUGGCAUUCUACGUGUCAUUUUAUUACAACGUUAUCAUUGGUUGGGCCUUCUACUUCCUGGUAUCAUCAGCUCGCUCGGAGCUCCCGUGGGUACACUGUGACAACUCGUGGAACACAGAGCAGUGCUGGGACUCCGGUCGUGUUAAUGGUACCAACAGAACUGACGUGCGGUACCAAGGACCUCUGUCUCAUUUCACACCAGCUUCAGAAUUCUUUCAUCGAGCAGUUCUUGAAAUGCAACAUUCAGAGGGCUUGAACGACCUUGGUUUUCCAAAAUGGCAACUUGCAAUCUGCUUGGGAUUGGUCUACGUCACUCUCUACCUCUCCCUCUUCAAAGGAGUGAAGAGCUCUGGUAAGGUCGUAUGGAUGACGGCAACGAUGCCGUACGUGGUACUGUCCAUCUUGCUGGCUCGAGGACUCCUGCUUCCUGGAGCUACAAGGGGCAUCGCUUACUACCUGCAGCCAGAACUUACCAGGCUGAAGGAUACACAAGUAUGGGUAGACGCUGCUGUUCAGAUCUUCUACUCGGUCGGAGCUGGAUUUGGAGUUCAUCUGUCUUAUGCCAGUUAUAACACUUUCCAUAAUAAUUGCUACAGGGACUGCUUGGUGACUACGUUGGUGAACUGCUUCACCUCAUUCUUCUCCGGGUUUGUAAUCUUCACGUACCUCGGCUUCAUGUCCCACAAGCAAGGAGUGCCGAUAUCAUCUGUCGCCACCGAAGGUCCGGGGUUGGUGUUCCAAGUGUAUCCAGAAGCUGUUGCUACUCUGCCAGGGGCAAGUCUCUGGGCCAUGCUCUUCUUCUUCAUGCUUAUCAUGCUGGGAUUAGAUUCAGGGAUGGGUGGUCUGGAGUGCGUGAUAACUGGCCUGCUGGACCAGGCUCGUGCCUGUGGCGCCACCUGGUUGAGACGGGAGCACUUCACACUGAUCGUAGUCUGCGUGUCUUUCUGUGUGGCCUGUAUCAAUGUUACUCCGGGUGGUAUCUACAUGUUCCACCUGCUGGACACCUACGCUGCUGGUAUAUCCUUGCUCUGCUCUGCGCUCUUCGAAGCGGUGGCUGUCUCCUGGUUCUAUGGGUUGAAGCGUUUCUCUGAUGAUGUGGAGGAGAUGCUCGGCUUCAGGCCUGGUAUAUACUGGAGGAUAUGCUGGAAAUUCGUCAGCCCUACUUUCAUUAUUGGUGUGGUGGUAUUCGGUCUCCUGUACCAGCAGCCGCUGCAGUACCAGCACUACACGUACCCGCCGUGGGCCGUGGUGCUCGGCUGGGGGCUCGCCUGCUCCUCCAUACUCAUGAUACCUAUCGUCGCCAUCUACAAACUCAUCUCCACUCCUGGGACUUUCCGACAGCGCCUAGCAUGCUGCAUAUCGCCGGAAUCUGAACAUGAAGCUAUUCGCGGUGGCGCUCCAGUCAGCCGGUUCUCUUGGAAACACUGGCUGUACGUCUAA